UUGGAUGUUGAUAUCAACAUGGCGCUUGUCAGACAGACAAAGGCAGUCAGUCUGGUCUGAUUGAGCCCAAAAGGGAGCAGGAAGAAGUGGGAGGGGUUUUUUCCUUUCCUUGGGGGGUUCAAAAGAAGCAGAGCUUGGGAGUCUGAAGCAAUUCCCCCCCUGGAGCUCCUUUCCAUUUUAUUUUGCAGGAUCCCCUAAAAAAAAAGAAAUCUCUUCGCUUUUCCUAUUUGGGAGCCACCCCCAACUUCUGCUUCUAAAUGGUCAAGUGGAGAAAAAAGUAGCCAGAACCAAAACAUCUCAACUGAAAAUGGCAGAUUGACGUAUCAGUGAGAAAUGGCUGUACUAGUUCACACUGCAGAAUGAUAACGAAUACUGAAGACCUCCAAGAGGCUUUCUGACCUUCCUCUCCCCAUGUAAAUUAUGCUGAGAACCUUUCCAGUGGUUCUGCUGGAAACCAUGUUUCACUACACAGAUGAACCCAGAUUCACCAUAGAGCAAAUAGAUCUACUGCAACGCCUGCGGCGUACUGGUAUGACACGCCACGAAAUCCUCCAUGCUUUGGAAACCUUUGACCGUCUUGACCAGGAACACAGUGACAAGUUUGGGCGGCGGUCUGCCUAUGGGAGUGGAUCCUGUAGUAACAGCACCAACAAUGUUCCAGCGUCUUCCUCUACAGCCACAGCUUCCACACAGACCCAGCACUCUGGGAUGUCCCCAUCUCCAAGCAACAGUUAUGAUACCUCCCCACAACCUUGCACUACCAAUCAAAAUGGGAGGGAGAGUAACGAGAGGUUGUCUGCCUUCAAUGGGAAGAUGUCACCUACACGUUACCCUCUGGCAAAUAGCAUGGCUCAAAGGUCAUAUAGCUUUGAAGCCUCUGAGGAGGACUUGGAUGUAGAUGAUAAAGUAGAAGAAUUGAUGAGGAGGGACAGCAGCGUGAUAAAAGAGGAAAUCAAAGCCUUCCUGGCCAACCGGAGGAUUUCUCAAGCAGUUGUUGCACAGGUUACAGGCAUCAGUCAGAGUCGGAUCUCCCACUGGCUGUUGCAACAGGGAUCAGACCUGAGUGAACAAAAGAAAAGGGCCUUUUACCGAUGGUACCAGCUUGAGAAAUCAAAUCCAGGGGCUACAUUAAGCAUGAGACCAGCCCCUCUUCCAGUUGAAGAGCCAGAAUGGAGACAGACGCCUCCGCCAGUCACAGCUACCUCUGGGACUUUCCGCUUGCGACGUGGCAGUCGGUUUACCUGGAGAAAGGAAUGUUUGGCUGUUAUGGAAAGCUACUUCAAUGAGAAUCAAUAUCCUGAUGAGGCCAAGAGAGAAGAAAUUGCAAAUGCCUGUAAUGCAGUUAUUCAAAAGCCAGGAAAGAAGCUGUCAGAUCUGGAGCGAGUUACCUCCCUCAAAGUGUACAAUUGGUUUGCCAAUAGAAGGAAGGAAAUCAAGAGGCGAGCCAAUAUUGAAGCAGCAAUCCUGGAGAGUCAUGGGAUAGAUGUACAAAGCCCCGGAGGCCACUCCAACAGUGACGACGUAGACGGAAAUGACUAUUCAGAGCAGGAGUCUUGGCAAGUACGCAAUGGGGAGGAGGAGGGAAGAUGUACAGAGGGAGGCAGAGAAGCAGAGAAGUUAGAAGAAGACAGGAGGAUCUGCUCAAAACAAGAUGACAACACUAGCCAUAGCGACCACCAAGACCCUAUCUCACUAGCCGUGGAGAUGGCAGCGGUAAAUCACACCAUUCUGGCGUUGGCCCGGCAAGGAACCAGCGAGAUCAAAACAGAGGCCCUGGAUGAUGACUGAUGACGCGAUGGAGGGGGAGGGCUCCCAGAUGAGAAAGUAACUUAGUUUUAGACGUAGCACCUUAGCAGCCUUUUUCCUGGUCCCUAAUAUGUGUCCUUCUUUACAAUAUAACUUUGCAGUCUCUUGUACGUCAAGUUUGCCGUUUAGGGUCUUGUCCUGUGAAGAUGGCAUGGUGCCCUCUGACUCUGCGUAUAAACUCAGUAUUAACUCCCAGUCAGAUAAUUAACCAAGCCGACUGACCUCCCUCUCCCAGUGCUCCCCUCUCAGCUAGAUGAAAACCUUUGCUGCUCUGUCUUUAGCAUUCCAUGAACGUGCUUCCAGGUGUCGUAGGCAGCCCUCGAUUCCAAGCCUUAGGCUAAAUCUGUAGAAAAACAAAACAAACUUGGAUUAUCCUUCAGACUUCCUGGUGUUAACCCUUUUUUUAUUUCCUCUUGUUAUUGUUACAAAACCAAAAGGAGACAAUGGAGAUUCAGUGGUUUGAAAGAAAAUGGGUUGAGAGUUUGGACAGAGAACGGGAUUAUGAUGAAGCUCAGAUCUGUUGUGAACGUCUUGUUACCAGGUGCCAAUAAGCUGGGCCUCCCUUGGCAGUGCAGCAAUAGAAUCUUUACUGCUUUUCCAUAGGAUUAAUACUGUUUUCCAAAGGUCCUGGCUGUAUGGGAAGGAGAAAGAGAAAGUCCACCAGCUUGCUUUGAUUGAUGUUUGCUGCUGAAGUGGUCAACAUAACCUUCCUCUUUUCUUUGCAAGUUGUGUUAUGGAAGGAACAAAGCAUUUCCCCCCCCCCCCGCCCCCUCGAUUCUUAAGUUUCCCCAGUUAGGCCAAAGUUUCCAUCUAUAGAAGAAGCUGUGUCUCUGUGGCUGUGUUCCUUCCAAUAAGUGAUCACUGAGGCUGGUGGUGGCUAAGGAAUGAUGUAGGUGUGAUUGGACCAUUCACAAUUCUUUUAUCAGUUUAGUCAUAAAUGAGCCCCGGCGAGUUCAUUAACAUUUAAACCCACAUAAUGCAAUUAUAUUCUCAGACACCCCCUUGAAGAAUUCCUACUCUUGGAAAAGACAUGAUUUAUAUACAAAGAUAGGUGGAAGUGAAUAAGUUAUUUUUACACCGACACACAGAUGCGCGCGCGCACACACAUAUUCUGUGAUGAAACACGUGAAGUAGCUCUCCAGUUCAGCCUGUAAUCAGAAGUUGCAGAUAACUUGAAUUGAAAAGUUGGUAAUUGCUUACUUCCUUGCAACACCCUGUCUCCAAAGUAUGGUGCACUCUAGGGAAGGAUUAAGAAGUAACUCCUAAUAACCCUCCUCACUAGUUACAGAAAAUAUGCAUACAUGUACAUUUUCAUUAUUUGCAUAGUAGAGAGUGCAGUGAUCCCUAUCGAUUGUCUGUAGUGUUGGCUCUCCAAGAUAUCACAUCCUGAUGUUUUUUACUUCUCUAAACUAGCCACACAUUCUUUGUCUCUCUUUGUUCUGUUCUUCUUCAGCAGCUGGAAAGCUGUACCUGUCUGAGCAGGUUAACUAAUUCUUGGAAGCCAUAUUUCAGCAGGAACUACUAGAUAUUGCCACAACCCAAGGAUUUAGUGGCUCUUGUGCUCCUGGGAAACAGGAUUAUUUUUUUACUUUCCUAUUGUUAGGGCAAUCUGAGAUUGGAUUCAGAUAUUGGCUAUCUAGGAAAUUAGAAUUAGUGAUUAAAUACUGAUGGAAUGUGAGAUGAAUCUACUUCUAUAUAGCAAAAAAAUAAUAAUCAAAUUUGAGGGGUUUUUUUUGGUUCUUUUAUCUUGAUCAUAUGUAGCACUUUGGUAUUUUUUUCCUUAACUAAAUAUAUAUAUAUAUUUGUAUUUUGAGCAUUUUUUAAAAAAUAAAUAUUAUUGGCUAAAUCAACAAUAACAUGCUAUAAGCUCAUGUUACAGUCAUCCAAUAAUAAACCUUGAACAUCGUCCAUAAGGAACAUCUCUGAUGAAAUGGACCUGGCCGAAUAGCACCAGGUGUUUCUCCUGAGCAAGAUGUUUUGAAAUGAAGGAAGCGGGGAGGUGAUAGAAAAGCAUUCCUAUAACCCAAGACUUAUCUUUACCAACUUGAUCAUAGCAUGUGAUUUUCCUCUUUCUUGUGCUCUUUUCACCUUCACCUUAUUUCAGUGUUCACAGAAAUUCUUCUCCGUUCAUUGUGCCCUUUGAGCUGCCUGUGCAUUGGUGAACAACGAGUAUUCUUCAGAAUGAAACACUGACAGUCUCAUGUUAUAGUCCCUGCUGGGCCCACAGUUCCCAAUGUUUGGAAAUGUGCUUUGUCUGUGGCCUUGCUCCCAUCUGUGCUUUGCCAAGGCAGAUGAUAGAAAUUUGUAGAGGAAUGGCCAAAGGCUUAAAAUCUUCAGAAUGUUGGAAUAAGUCAUGCUUUUCCUGAAAUAGACCGGCGCAUUUGCUCAUUUUGGUAUGGGCAGUUGGGUGGGCAGUUCGGCCAUUCUCUAGUCUAGUACUUUAUUUGUAGUCUUGGUUUCUCUCUUUCUUUGCCUAUAUCUUGAAUGCUCUCAGAAAUCAUUAAAGAAGUCAUAAAGAGGGAGUAUCUGCCAAGUUGCUGUUGCUUCUUGUAAUUUGGUACCUACUAGUUCCAGUAACUGCAUAGAUAGUACUUAGCUAUAUAAUUACCAGGCAGAAUUUUUGAAAAUAGAUUGGUAUGAAUACAUUUUGAAAAAGUGAUUGGCCAUAAGGAAAACUAAAAAGCCAUCUUUUCAAGGGGCUGGAGCAGCUCUCUACUGCUGCUCCAGUUUGACCUCUGCUUAAGAAUAGUGGAUGCUUCCUUAUGGUGGCCAGACUAUCAUCGGCUCUGAAGUAAAGAAAUAUCUUUCCCAUCAACUGAUCUUUCUGAGCAUAAUUACUAAGGACUGAGCUGGAAUUUUUCUACAUAUGUCCUCUUUCACUCAAUGGAUCUAGGGCAGGGACUAGUUACUACCAUGUUUCCCUGAAACGAAGACGAGUGUUAUAUUAUUUUUUCUCCAAAAGAAGCAUUAGGGUUUAUUUUCAAGUUAAAUCUUAUUUUCAGGGAAAUAUGGUACUAAAUGUAUCCGUCUGACUGACUAUCUUAACUGGGGCUUAUUUUUGGGGUAGGGUCUUCUUUUCGGGGAAACAUGGUAUCUCCAUCACACACUUUCUCCAUCAGGAUCCUUGAUGAUGGCUUCUUAUCACAACCAUUUGAUUCCUAUUAAAAUGUUGGAGCUUUAUUGGUAUUUUGCUGUUCCAGCUUGCAUAUUUCAUUGGCUAUAUUAUAUGUAAUUUUUUUUUAAAAAUCAACUUGAUCACUAAAGCAGAAGCAAAUUGUUGUCGUCUGUCUUGUUUUGUCUAUUGAGAGCAGGUAAACUCCAUGAGGAGUUUUGACCUUAGACUCAGGGAAAAAUAUAAGAGUUGUUUGGUAGCUGCAGAGAGAAUUUCUUCUUGUGACAUUUACAAGCAAAUGUGUCUCUCCAUGGCAGGUAACAAAGAAGUGAAGCAACUUUGUUUUGUGGGCUAAAUGACCUGAUAAAAUAUAGCUACUGCAGCAGAAUUUUAUAUUCUCAUUGCUAUAAUGGUAAUAUCCUAAACUGAUAAGCAUUGAUGAAAUGAAGCCAUCAUGGUUUUUGCCACUGAGCUUCCCUGCUGUUGGCACUGCUGUUCACUGAGGUUUCUUUGUAUGUAGUUUUAGCAGGACACUACCAGCUAGUUCCGAUAUGAACAGAAAUUGCAGGAUUCUUGAAUAAGCCAUCCAUUGCAAAUUUUAUCAUUCAUUUUUAGUCAGUCUCUCCUAUUAACUUGUAGCCUUCCCCUGCUUAUCUAGUAGUACAGUAUCCUGAAAGGGCCAUAAGUCUUCAUGGCUUGGCCUGAAGCACUUUUCAAUUAUGGUAAACAGUUAUUGGAUUCAGCCCCUUUUAUAUAUUGCACAUACAAAUAAGUAACAGGAAGCAAUGAAUGAGCUUUCAGUAUGCUGGCUAAACUUGUUAAAACAUUAGGACAAUAAGUAGCCUACAAUUAUCUUAAUUCAAGAAGAAUUGUGCAUGUGUUAAGAGAUCUUGAAUCUUUAAAAAGAGGAUUUCAGCAAGAAAUGUUGAGUGAAUGCAGAUAAACUAGAAGACCCAUUUUGAUAACAAAAAAGCUUUGUUCAAAGGACAAAAAGCAUUUGGAUCCAAGUUUGUCAAGUUACAAGUUCUUACUGCAUUUUAAUGCUCUUUCAUUUAUCUGAAUUCAGGCGCUAAGUUUCUUGUUACUAACAAUUAAACUGUGAAUGGCUUUUCUUCUCCUCUGUUGGGAUCCUCUGUUGCUUUGGAUGUUCAUCACCCCCAAACUGAUUUCUUUUCCUUGCCUUUCCAAAAUGCCUUUCCAAGAUGAGGUCUCUGACAAAAGCCUUUAUCUGUGCUUUGUAUGUAGCAUUCUGAUCUUUCAACACAAUCCAUUAGGUGUCUGACCUACGUUAUGAAUAGUUGAAGAAUUGGGGAUAGUAAUAGAAUAGAAUAUCUUACUUGCUCCAUGAGCAAGUAUGGUUUGUGAAUCAUCUUAAGCAGUUUGAUCUAGAAGCAUCGCUUGAUUGGGUCUGAAUUCUCAGCUUGCUGCCUGCCUACAAUCUGAAUUAUAUUUUCUCAGUAACUGAUGAAGGGUGUAGCCUUGGGAUAUUUUCAAUACUACAGAAUUGCCUGGUUCUCUGAAAUCACUGUAAUAUUGCUGCUACUGGAGGACAAGUUCUCAAUUCUUGAGCAUCCACGAUACCCAGUUCUACCUUCUGUAGUCUUAGAUUUAGAGGCAGUGCUUUGAGAUUGGCUUCAGACUCUUGAUGUAAUGUUUGAGAUAUGAUUUUGAUAGACUAGCCAUCUACAAUAUGAUGCUGCCCCCAGAUAUGAGGACUACAAUCCCAUGAUUUCUAGUCACAAUCCUAACUGUGAACUUUGGAAUUUGUGAGUCAAGACACAUGAAGAGAGCUCUAACUGAGCAACAACAUUCUAAAUCACCUCCCCUCCCCCAUUUAAUAUUGUGCGUGCACCUGUUUAUAUUAUAAAUGUUGUUUUGCUUUCCAUUCGUUCAUUCUUCUUAGUCAUAGACAUGGUAUUGGAGAAAUCGAAACUUGUUGGAAAACUAUUAGUAAAAGUACAUGAGAGAUUUCUUACUAGAAGCAAAAGUUUUUAAAAAGGGCUUCCUAAUAAAAUAGUAUCGCUGGUUUUUUAACACUCUAUAUUAUUUACUCUUCUUUUCAGUGUCCAGGACUGGAAAGACUUUUAAGGCAAUAAGUGGAUUUCCUUGUGCUUGUAGUUGACAUCAUCCCUCCGAAAAGACUCCCUUGAUAAAAUUUUAGUUGCAGCUUCUAUGAGUAACAUCAGUUUUCUUCCAGUGGAACAAUUUCCUCCCACGCUUGUAUUAACUGAAAUUGCAAACAAACUAAUUUUUCUGUUCCUACUAUGUUGUGAGUCCCUUAGCAACCGGCAUUCUAUAGUAUAUUGCCUCUGAACGUGGCGUAUUCAUAAUGAUUAUGAGUUUUAGCCUUUGAUCACUGAGCAAAAUAUAUUGAACUGUGCAAGCAAUUUAAGCCAGUCAGCCAGCUAGAGAAAACAGUGCAAAAUGCUGGUAGCAUCUGUUGUCGACGAAAAAUACUUUUUCUAGUGAUUUGUUAUUUGCUCUGUGUGAGACUAACAAUAGCCAUUUUUCUAGAUACAUAGGAAGCUUGUGAUCAAAAUGUGAUUUAGCUGAUAAAUUGAUUUUUUGAUAGAAAGGAAACACUAACUUUUUGGUAUGAGAGUGUUCUAAUAUAGGAAAGCUCAGUUCUUUUGUUGGUUGUCAAUUCCAUAACUUCUUGCAACUUUGUUGUGGAUAAUCAUACCCAAUUGUCUUCCUAAGAUCAACGUGUUCUGUAAUUGAGAUAAUUCUGAGAAGAACUCUGAUGUUCUAUGUGGGUUAAAUAUCCUCUCAAGAGGGUAUUUAAGCAAAUUCCUUUAUCAUAAUUCCAGUUGUGUUGGAUGUCAAUUUCUAUAAUUUCCAGCUAGGCCAACGGAGCCCCAUAAGAGUUGAAAUGCAGUUUUGUUUAGAGGCAUCAAGCUGAGGAAGUCUGCCUUGCUUUGUGAUGUUGUGGAAGGGGAACAAUAGCUUUAUCCUAGAAGUUCAUAUCUAAAUGGGCAAGACCAUUUGCCACCCUCCCAUGUUCAAGACAAGACUAGCUUUGGAAACCAUUUUCGGCAGUGAGUUCUGUGGUCCAUUUGCUGUGAAUGAAAGAGCAAACUUCCAUAGCAGGUGGCACUGAGCAGUUUCCCUGGUUUUUCAGGAUGCUCAGAAUCCGUUUCCCAUGUUUAGUAUCCAAUUCUAAAAGUGCCUAAUGUGAUAACUGAACCUGGUUUUAUGUCGGCGAUACUGGUCUUGCCUGUCUUUGGCCUUCUGAUAUGGGAGGACAUGGCAGCCUAGAAUGUGAAUUAGCUUCCGGAACAAACUGGACAGCAACCAUAGUUGCUUUUCUUUCUCUCUCUCUCUCCCUCUCUCUCUCCCUCCCUCCCUCCCUCCCCACCCCCACCCCCCAUUUGACUCUGCCCUUGUGGGCUGGGAAUCAUUGGAAUUGUAAUCCAACACAACUGUUGACCACUUGCCUGACUGUUUUAUAAUCUUGGAAAUGCCCAAGACGAGAGAGCCUAACAAAAGAACUGCUGUAGAAAAGUGCUGCAGCAAUCGAGUCCAUGUCCACCUCCUUCCUCUUCUUAUUUUCCUCCGCAUAAAAAGUGCUGCCUUGUUGGAAGGUUGCAUUUCGAACUCCUCCUCUGCAUUUCCUGCUACGUGCAGAAGAGAAGUUAUGAACUAUUUUUCCCAGCAAUCUUUUAUGAAUGUGAAAAAGGUCUGAGCGACUCCUCCCUCCCUCCCCCCCCACCGCAUUAGUACAUUUCAUUUCUACAUUGGCUGGAUUCCUGCAUUGAAAGGAACCAGCAGUGUAGGAAGAAACCUGUUAUCUUUCAUUCCAGAACAUUGUUUUAAGAUAAUGGGGAGAGAAGGCAUUAAAACAUUAUACUAGGGAAUUGGAAGUGAAUAUGCCUCACAUAAGGAGGGACCAGAUUUAUUUCCUCCUUCCAGUCUGAGCUUGUAUAUGAGCUGAAAUACAUCGCAGCUUAAUCAAUUGCAGGUUGCUGUAGCUUAUGGGCAAGCCAAGUCUGUGCAUUUUCUAAGUUCCAUUCCAGGACUGCCUGGCUCUUUUCUCCUCAUGUUUCUCUCUGAUCCACUACUGUGGUGGCAGUCCGACACUUUGCCUGGUGUUGUUUUGGCCUGCCAUAACUGAGUUCUGCCUACCUCAAGAGGUAAUUCUGUGUCUCCCUGUCUUGCAGCCACAAUCCCUUUUAUUUCAGCGUCCUUUUUGACAUAUGCAUAGAUCACACACACACAAACAACACUGGACUGUCUAUCGCCCUACUCUCCAACCCCCUUGCUGUUGCCACCAGUUCUUAUUGCAGAUUGGAUGCUGCUUUAAAUGUGAAAAAAAUAAAACAGUUGUUUUAAAAAGCUAUAUAAAGAAGAAAAAAAAAUAAAAAAACCUGAAUGAAAAGCUAAAGCUGAAUUUAUAAGCCUUGUUGCAUAUGAGCCAAAAGUGCAAAAAGCUCCAUAUAAUAAAUUAACCUGCCACUCAUAUAAAUAUAAAUAUAUAUAAAUAUAUUAAAAUCAGACUGUUCUACAAAAUUGUGUAUUUGUAUUUUUGUGUACGUACAAUUUUCUGCUAAGCAGAAGGAGGAUGUAGUAUAGGAUGUGAGAGAAUUUUUUUUAAUCAAAUUUCUUUUGCUACUUAUUUUUCUUAACAUUCAUCUCUCUGUCUCUGUCUUCUCUAUGUAUGACACAGUUUUUGAAAAAGCUGCAGUCUCUCUCUUCUUCCCCCUGUCCCUCUUAAACCCCCCCCCCAUGGUUCAUUGCCAGGGUAUAUGCUGCCACUAGUUUUGCAGAGAUAUAGAAACUCUCAAAGGUUUGAUAACUCAUUGCUUUUAGCAAUGUCAACAUGUGCUUUGUUGGGACUUGGCAUAGUUGCUUCCAAAGUUGUUGAAUCUUGUCAGUGAAUUUCUAUUUCCCUGAAGCAACCUGGCACUUAGCUAAAGUUGGUCAAGACUUUUGGCGGUCUUUGGUUUGAGAUCUCAAAUAUCUUUAUGAAGGCAUUCCUGCAAGAAAAAAAAACUAUUGUCAAUCAGACAGGCUUUAAAUUCCUAAGCGCAAGCCCAGGAAUGGAGGGCAAAGGUGUUUAGCCAUGUUGAGAUUAUUACUCAAUUGAAAACUGAAAGACUAGUAUAGCCAUGAUUUGAACAAAAGUAGGAUGGUCUUAAGUGCCCAAAGUAUCUUGUGCAUUUUUUUUUUGCAAUCCUAUAACCAAUUUUAUUUUUUAAAAAAGCAAGUAAUCUAAAUAGGAAGAUAUUUUGUAAAAAAAUAUUGUAGAGUAAUGAGAGAAAAAAAUUAGGAUUAUCUCAUAUCUGAUUAAUGUUUCUCAGUUUUCAUGUUUCUUCCCUCUUUGGAAGGAUAUUAGUGGAACUGCCACUUGUUUAUCAGUUAAUUUAAUCUGUCAGGGGAUUUAUUUCUUCUUCGAAAAGGGCAAGCCAAGUUCCCACAAACCUGCAUCUGUCCUCUUUGCCUCUAAAGUAUAUUUGACUUUCAGAAUGGUUAAUAACCUCACAGUCUUGGCUGACAUAAAUACCACUUGAUCAGGCUAGAGACCCGGACUGGUGUUCCUCUGAAAUCUCUCAAAACAGGCUACGAUGAAAUACAAAAUAUUGACCCAGAUUGUUGGGGGGCAAUAAGUUGACUUUGUAUAUAAAUAUACAAAUAGGAUGAAGACUAUUGCCUGACAUAGUGUAAGCCGCCCUGAGUCUUCGGAGAAGGGCGGGAUAUAAAUCC